AUGUUGCAGCAAAUGGAAAACACUUUCUCAAACAAUCCUAAUUUCGAAGACAAAGAGCCAUUUAAGAACAGAAUGAACUCUAUGACCGAUGACUUAAUGAGUUGUCAUAAUAGACAAAAAAGAGAUAUAAAAUUUUCACCGAUUGUCCGACCAGAAAAUGAUGAUUGCAAAAAAAGUGUUUUCGGACGUCGAAUGGCUCUUUGUAAAAUGCGUGGUGAAAGUCCUUUGGCUUCAAAAUCGAGUACUACCGUUGUUGAAUGUACAGAGACAACUACAGUAUAUUCUAUGGUGAAAAACGAUGAAUUUGAAUCUUGUCAUUCUACUUGCGAGUAUACCAGUACAACAGUUGAAUGUGAUUCAGCAAAGUAUCAUUUCACUCCAAGACCACGAAAAGCCGUCAAUCCUUUUCAUAAUCAGCUCCUGGAUAGCAUUCAUUUAAAUACUUUGAGUCCAAGUUUAUUUGAACCUAUGCCAAGUCCCAAGGACAAAGAAAAUAUUUGGAGCAUUGAUGAACGUGCAAUUCUUUUGCCUGUAGACAUCACUGACGAGGAUAUUAAAAUGACCACAUAUUCCCCAGAUCCUGUUUUCGAAGCAAAACUCCAUGCUGGGCUCGAAAUUUAUUGGAAAAGUAACGCAGGCUAUGUGCCAUCCCCAGAAGGUCCUAGACCUAUUCCCGUUGAUAGUCCAACAGUCAUCGGUCCAUUCGAGAAUGCACAUCAUUCUUCUCCGAAUGGUAGACCACCUGUGGCCAGAAUGAGAACUAUAACGAAGCGAAAUAUUAAGUGCCAAACAGACUUCACUAUCCCUCCUUCGUUUUCUUUCGAUUUUCAAAAAAUCCUAGGAGCACAAUGUGUUUAUGGAGAGGGAGAAGAAGCUAAUGAGGAAGAAUUCAACGUUUCUACCAUGAACACUUCUCUUCCGAGAAAGCUCUUCUCAGAAGACGAUUCCUUCAUGUCUGAUAAUGAUGUCGAAGAAGAUGCGAUUGAUGAAAAUGAAUUCAAUUGUAAUAGAGAAGGUGAUUUAUGCGAUCUGGACGACGAAUCGGUGAUCAUGCACAAGGAUUUCUGCUUAGACUUGUCACCUAUAAAAAAAGAUGGGGAGUAA